AUGAAUUUUGAUAUUUCAGGAAGCACAAAUCAAUAUGUCAGAAAAGCUCGGUUUAAUAAAGAGAAAGGAGAAAUUGAUGUGAAAACCAAGAUAGUAUCUCAGGAUAUAAUUUUAUUCUGUUGGAACAGAUUUAACAAGGGAAUUAAUUUCAAUUGUUUAGAUAUACAAAAAUAUGCUGAACAAAGUGGUUGA